CUUGGUAUUUUGGGCAAAUCCAAAAAUACGAAAACAGACCCAAUUAGAAAAUUAACGAAAUUCUCUCUCUCUUCCCCGAUUAUCUAAACGCGCUUCCAAUUUUCUUGUCCAAUUCGGAGGUCGUUUUCUGUGUGAUCAGCGCAUACAAUCGACAAUGAGUGACCACCUCGUGUUGUACGUUGACCGUCUCCUCAGGCCCAUGGCCGCACAGCAGCCGUCGGAGCCUCCUGAGGUCAUUUCUGGGCCGGAGCCGGCUGGACCCGAUCCUGUCCCGGACACUGCCGACCCGUCUUCUAGUUCGUCAGCCGAGGGCGCGGAGGAGGAGGAGCCACUGAUUCAGACGGCGGAGUGUCGCAUUUGCCAGGAUGAGGAUAGCAUUAGCAAUUUGGAAUCUCCUUGUGCCUGUUGUGGCAGCCUCAAGUAUGCUCAUAGAAAGUGCGUUCAGCAUUGGUGCAAUGAGAAAGGAGAUAUAACUUGUGAAAUUUGUCAUCAGACUUACCAACCUGGCUAUACUGCACCUCCUCGUCCGCCAUCUGAUGAAACUACUAUUGAAAUUGGUGGAGGCUGGACCCUUUCUGGCACUCCUUUGAGUUUGGACGAUCCACGCAUCCUGUCAAUUGCAGAGGCAGAACGUCAGUAUCUGGAUACUGAAUAUGAUGAAUAUUCUGCUUCAAGCAGUAAUGGAGCUCCAUUCUUCCGUUCAGCAGCCUUAAUUUUAAUGGCCCUUCUGAUCUUGCGGCAUGCACUGAGAGUCACAGAUUCUGACAAUGGGGAUGACACGUCUGCUAUUUUCUCUCUUUUCUUGCUUCGAGCGGCUGGAUUUCUUUUGCCCUGCUAUAUUAUGGCUUGGGCCAUCAGUAUCUUGCAGCGUCGACAGCAAAGACAGGAGGCUGCAGCAUUGGCAGCAACACAAGUCGCUUUUGUUCUUCAGUCUGGACAACAUAUGGGUCUACAAUUUGCAGUAGGAUCAGGACCUAAUGGGAGUCCACAACCUGAAACUGCCUAACAUGAAGCCAACAAAACGCCAGAGAGUUUUACGUGACAUGGUGAGGCCAUUCAGCGGAAAAUGGUGAAAAAUAAAUGAAAACGUUUCUUUUGUCCGAAAAUAUGAAGGAACAAAAAAUUGCAAAACAUAAGAGAACAGAAAAGGCUACAGCAGUGUGGAAUUCUGUCUAAUGGCUUGUUGAAAAGGCCAUGGCAGUCUUGGUUACCUCCAUCUUUGGUUGUCUUGUAUUUCAUGUAUGUUUGUAAAUUAAUUCCAUUCAACCAGAGAAAAAAGGAAAUAUUGAUUUUUGGUUCUCCAUCUUCUUGGGUAGUUCAAAGCAGCUGGUUGUUAUCUGGAAAGGGCAUGUCUGUAUUAUUCAACUUGAAUAUCUUUCCUUAGUUGAAUUCUUUUUCUUUUGGAUUUUUAUCACAAAACGUCCUUCAGGUUCAUGAAA